CUGGGUACUGGCGGUGGAGAAUUCGUGCACAGGACUCGACGAUUACUUCGUGAUCGCGGACCUUCUUCUUUACAGUUUGUUGGAGAUUCCAUAAUGAAGACAUCUCAGUUAUAUCUUGCUGUUUACAACUUCCUCCAAGUUCUAGGAUGGGGCUAUAUACUCGUAAAAACUCUAUGUGGACUAGCAGAGGGUAAGAGCUGGCCAGAGCUCUACUUCAGCGUAGAAACUGCUGUUAAAAUUUUCCAAACUGCAGCCAUUCUUGAGGUUAUUCACUCUCUUAUCGGAAUCGUUCGUUCACCUUUCGGAACUACUUUGAUGCAAAUCACUAGCAGAGUUAUGCUUGUAUGGCCAAUCCUACACACUUGUCAAACCGCAAGCCAAAGUUUGGGAGUCCCUCUACUUCUUAUCGCUUGGUCAAUUACCGAAGUCAUCAGAUACUCUUUCUACGCUUUGAAUUUGUUCGAUGCCGUCCCUCACUUCCUUAUUUUCUUGAGAUAUACAACAUUCAUAGUCUUGUAUCCAAUGGGAGUUACUGGAGAACUUUUGACUCUUUUCGGAGCUUUACCAGAGGUUGCUCAAAAGAAGUAUUAUACUUUGGAAAUGCCGAAUGCUCUGAACAUCGGGAUCGAUUUCUGGUGGGUUUUGGUCAUCGCUGCUCUAACUUACAUCCCAGGAUUCCCUCAACUUUACUUCUACAUGUUCGCCCAAAGAGCAAAAGUCUUAGCUCCCCAAAAGAAGAAAGAUUAA